AUGCCGGACGAUUCCCUUCCUUGUCCGCCAAACUAUGCCGAUCCUUCAGGCGAGUACCCGCCGUCCCGCGUCGUCAAUACCAAAUACGGACCUAUCGAAGGCCGUCGUCUCAUCCACCAAGGCCCACGACAGGUUCUUUUGUCCAUUCAAUUUCCCAUGAUGCUUCUUGAUAGCCUCUAAACCCUUUGACGAGUUUCAAAUUCUGGCGAAGAAACUUCGGAUCAUUUAUCUUUCUGCUACAGAUUUAUGAGUUUUAUGAGAAAACAUUCACCGUUGAAACAAGGUUUUUCUUCAACUAAAAUUCGUUUUAAGCUUUGUAUAAACAACUGUAAAAUAUUUUACUGUAUUUUUUUCGUUUCAGGUCGAUGCUUUCCAAGGAAUUCCCUAUGCAGCUACUCCGACAGGAGAACUCAGAUUCAAGGUUAAUCUUUUUUUUUCAGCAUCAGUCGAACCAAAAGUUUGCUUUCAGUUGCCACAGCCGCCCAAAUCGUGGUCUGAAGUUCUUUCUACGAAGAAUUUUGGCUUUAGAGGAAUUCAAAAAGAUAAAUCUACCAAAUACUCUGUAAGUCAAAGAUUGUUUUUCUUUUUUUUUUCGCUAUAAAACUCACUCUUUAUGUAUAUUGCAUGAACUUUCUAGGAAACAGUACUAUUCCAAUUUCAGGUUCAAUUCAUUUUUUUUUGUUGUUUUAGUCAUAGAUGUAAUCGAUUAGGCGGUGAACAAGAGCUUUUAAAUCUAUAACGAACAACCGCUUUCGGUGAACUAAAACUCUAAAAGUGUAGUUGAUCAAGUUGAAAGCAUGGUCUUACGAUCCUUCGCCUCGUUCUUCUGCGUAGUUCAUCUGGUUGCGCCUUGAAUAGCUCAAAAAGUGGCGGAUGUUGUGUUGGAGACCUUGCUCUAGGUGGAAGUCUCGAAAAGAGAGCGACCACUUCGAGUGAAGAUUUUACACGGAAUUUUUAACAUCAAAAGGAGAAAUUUCACUAUAUAUAUGAUAUUCCUAUAAUAUAGCUUUGUGAAUUCAGAUCAAGACUUCUGAAGACAACUUGACUCUCAAUGUGUUCACUCCUGUUUGGGCCGCCCCUGAGAAAGAAGGUAAUCUUUCUGACUCAAGUUCGCAGAAAAGAUUUUCGAACGUUGGAAGAACUCUAAUGGUCGCGGUUUCUCUGAAAGGGUAUUGCGUGACUUGUAGCAAUAAAAUAGACUAUCGAAAAUCGUCUUUGCUAUUUUUUCCGUGAGCUCGAGCAGUACUUUGAUCAUGAUUUUACUCCGUAUGGAAAAAUUAACAUUUGAGGGUUCGCCGUCCUCGUAUACAUUCAUGGUGGCGGAUACGUCUCUGACAGCGCUGUCAAAUAUGGAGAUCUUCGUCUUUCUCAGAGAUUGGUACGUCUCAUUUUUAUGAACAUUUUUAAACACAAUUUCUGCUCAUCAUCUGAAAGAGCUUUUUUCAUUUUUUUUUUUUUUUCUAGGUUUUUUUUUCUUGUUAUUUGAUUCUAAUAAUAAUAAGAGUGUUAUUAAUAAUUAGUUUUCAUCACCAAAACGAGAACAGGAAGAUAUUUAAACUAAAAAGAAAAUGGUAUAUGAUAGAUUACAUAAGACAGAAAUUUAUCGAUGAAAUAGUGAACAUAAUUCAAAAAGCACUUUGAGAGAAAAAAAUUUCUGAUAACAUUAUCAGUAAAUUUUUUUUCGGUUCAAUGGCGGUUGAAUUUGAGAUUAGAAGUAAGCUUUUUACUGUUAGAAAUCUGAUUUUUUUUUUCGAUAUAUUUUUUUUCUGAUAGCUUUACAAGAGUUUCAACAUUAAAAAAUGAUUUAGGCCCGCCUGAAAGAAAGAGAAAACCUUCAAAAUAUUACACCUGAAAAAACAAAUAGAUGGGAAAGUUUUUGGACUAAGGAAAGCCUUUGGAGGUAACCAAAGAUGUGGUGGUAGUGACGGUACAAUACCGACUCGGUUUUCUGGGCUUCUGGACUUCCGGAGACGACGCCUGUCCCGACAACAUUGCUCUUCACGACAUGACUUUCGCUUUAAAAUGGGUUCAGGUAGAAUUUUUUUUUGGUUUUUGCGUUUUAUCAGCUUCAUUCUUGCCACCCUCUACAAUCUCUCUUUACUAAAACUUUAUCGCAUUCGCUCACUCGACUUUUUUUUUUCAAAAGAGGAAACAAGAAAUAGAAAUUUUUACAAGAUGGUUUCUUAAUUUUUUAGCCAAUGGCGUGGUAUCAAGUUAUCCAUUUGCCGAAAAUGCUUGUAAAAUAAGAGAUUUUUUAUCUUAAAUUUUUAUUUUGGGAUUUUUUUUAGGAAAACAUCCUUGAAUUCAACGGGAAUCCGAAUAACGUCACAGUGAUGGGACAAUCCGCAGGCGGAGCUUCCGUCGACUUGCUCAGCUUGUCCCCCGUGUCCAGAGGUGCUAUUCAACAGUUCAACUUUUGUUUCUUUCAAUUAGGAAAAAAAGAAAAGAAAAAAGAGCUAGGUCUUCUAACCUUGUGCGUACCUUAUUUAAGGUUUCUCAAUAAAAAGGGUAUAACCAUUCAGACUUAUUCCACAAGGUGAUUCCGAUGGCUGGCAACGCCAAUUGCUACUGGGCCAUCUCAUCCAAUACUUUGAGUAGUUGUCGUAAUUUGGCUCGAAGCAUCGAGAUUCAUGACGAACAAGACUCUGAGCAAGUAAUUAUCAUCUUUCUCACAAAUUUCCAUGUUUAUGAUUUUCAGUGGAUCGAAAAACUUCGAAAAGUGAAUGCAGAAACGUUUGCAAGGGGUAUUGGGGUACGUCGGAGGAAAAGAUUGGGGCGGAGCUUCCAUGGUUUCAGGACAAAAUAGACACCAAUAAGACUCCAUGUUCGAUUGGUCCUAUAUACGACAACGUUUUUCUACCGAAAUCGGUUCAAGAAUUACGUCAAGAAGCGCCGGCCAAACCGUGUAUCACAGGCUGUGCCCGCUCCGAAGGCUUCAUCGGUUUGUUCGCUUGAAAAAUAAAAAUAAACCAAGCCUAAAAUCGAACAAAGCCUCAAAUAAAAACCAGAAUACCCAAGAUUUUUUUAGUAAUUAUAUAUACAGUGUAAUCCGCGCCAAAAGGUUCACUUUGUUCACAUUUUUUUUUAAUAAUUUCUGAAAUAAAAAAAUUGUACAAAAAACUUCAAACACCGGUCUCACAGCAAAGUUUGAUUUACUGUUUGUUCUUGAAGCAAAAGUGAUAAUAUGGAGUGAAAUGUGUGCUUCACGGCGGUAGCUCGAUGAUUUUCAGAGUUUUUGAAAUAACUUGAGUUUUUUAUAUUUAUCACUUCAAUUAUAUAUUUAUUAUUCAACUUUAUAACAUUUUUUUCAUGCAUUGUUUAACUUUUUUUAACGCAUAUUUUCUUAAAAAAAUAAAAAAAGAAAACUGAAUUUUUUUAAAAAAAGGAAUUUUUCAGGCAAAAUAUUUCUCAUUAUUUACUUUAAUGAUUUUGAGUUAGAAUUUCUAAAAAAACUACUCUUACUCUCAAAAAUAAAAAUCCAAGUUAUCAGGCUGACACAUAAGUUUUUGUCAGUUUUUGCUCGACAAGGAAACUUUGUUUAUAGUUUGGCACACAUUCUAACCGGUUCAGCGAUGAAAAACGAAGGCACCGUCCUCGAGAGAAUCAACAACGUUCUGUCAGAUCUCGUGCCACAGAAGGAGUUUCCCCGCCGAUUCCGCGAAAUUCAGAAGGACAUAUUGAAGAGAUUGAUCGAUGUCGACCAAGAACACACUGAAGAGGAAUGGAUGAAAGUUUACGUCGAAGUUUUUGUCUGGGAAUUUCAAGGAACGCGAUUCUUGUUUCACAGCUUCUGGGCGAUGCUUUCAUGAAUGUCGGAGUGCAGGAACACGUCCUCCAGCGUGUUGAGACAUACGAUGCUCCCGUCUAUUUCUACUCCUUCGACUAUGCCAAUCCAGAUAGCUAUGGACCUCUUGCGCCCUUCAUGCCUUUUCUCGGUUCGUUCUGGUUGUGAACAAGUUUGGAAUAUCAUCAAUGAAAUCGGUAAAUAUUAAAAAAGUUAAGUAGACUCCUAUUUCGUCCGCUUCGGUAAUUCGUGCAGUUUCCUUGCACUUUUUUGUUUAGAAUUAUAAUUUGUGAGCAAAUAGUUCAUUUUGGAGCAAUUAAGAUAAUUUUUGUGUCAUCAUACAUAUUCAAUCUUUCCUGAAUUGAAAAGCGAGGGGACGGGACGCGUAGCGUGUGCGUUCGCGGUUUUUGGCACGAGUCUAAUUCAACCGCCACCGACUAUUUGGCGAGCUCGUUUAUCACUCUUUUUACUUCUUUUAAAAAAUUAUUCAUUGAUUUUUUUAUAUGUGCAUCAACAAAUAGUAGAAUGAAUACAAAGAGAGCGAUGCCCGAGCUUUUAAAUAUUCGGUGGCGGUUAAAUUGAACUCGUGCGAAAAAUCGCGUAAGGACACGCUACGCGUACCGUCCCUCCCCCGCCUAUCUCGCCUUACAAGUCGGGAUGGAUUACAUAUUUUUUUUGAAGACGCUUCGCACUGCUUUGACAUCGGCUAUCUUUUCGGCGUCGGAAUUAUUUUCAACUUCCUUUUCAACGAUGAAGAUGAGCGCGUCUUUGAAAUCAUGACCAAGCUUUUUUCCAACUUCGUCAAAUAUGGGUUAGUGUUUUUCUCAAAAUUUUUCUUCUGUUUCUACUUUUUUUUUAACAUGAUGUCAGGAAAAAUGGCAAAAUUUAUUUAUUUAUCUUAGAAUUAAAAAAAUCUCUGUUUCCACAAAUCGCCGUUUUUUUAUUACUAUAUGAAAUUUUCUAAUGAGCUAUGCAGGAACAUAUUUAAAGUUAUUGACAUUUCUAAGAAACCCAAACGGAGGCCCGAAUUGCUCGGAAAAGGCGCUUGGAGACGUCGAAUGGCUUCCGGCGACAAAGGAAAACCCUCAAAUUCAUCUUUCGAUCGGCCCGCAGCCACGGCUGAAGCAAAAAUACAAGGUCGCUUGAGGAAAUAUUUCAAAAAGUUGAUCCUUGGCGCAAAAAGUCGCUUAAUUCUAACGGUCAUUCGAGAAAAAAAAACGAGUAAAAAAAAAAGCAAAAACGUCAUUUUUUGAUUGAAAAAAAGCUUAAUUUUCGACUUGCAGAAAAUUUGAACUUUUUGGGCCUUGCUGGUCAAUUUUGUUCGAGGCCUCCCUAAUGCCGAGCUGAGCUUGGGAAAAAAGUCGAAGAGGCCGAUAGACUGGCAGGCCCUCGCACAAGCCUCUUGGCAGUUUUUAACGUUUCUCUUCUUUUUUUUUGUCAAAAACUAAAGCUAUCUCAAACAUUUUAUUCUCGAUCUGGUUACUCUCAAAAAUUUUAAUGUGCUCCAUUUUUUUUUUCCUGUGAAGAAAAAUAAUUAUAAUUGAUGUAUUCAUAUCCGUUGGGAAUUUUUCAGGAUGGCCGACCGAUGGCCUACGUCGACAUGCGUCGGGAGACGCCAUAA